AUGUACUUGCUUCUUUAUGUCGACGAUAUGCUACUCACAGGUAGUAACCCUCAGUUAAUUGAUCUUUUGCUUGCUCAACUCAGUGAAGUCUUUCGAAUGAAGGAUAUGGGGUCUCUGCAGUAUUUCCUUGGACUGCAGGCUCAUUUCCACGACAAUGGAGUUUUUCUCUGUCAAGAAAAAUACGCUACAGACCUCUUGGUAACAGCUGGAAUGCAAGACUGCAGUCCCAUCGCUACUUCUCUGCCUCUGCGACCAGAUAAAGUCCUUGGCCAAGAUGUCAACUUCUCUGAUCCUUCUUACUUCCGCAGUUUGGCUGGUAAACUGCAGUACAUGACUCUCACCCGUCCAGACAUUCAGUACGCGGUGAACUUUGUUUGUCAAAAGAUGCAUGCUCCAUCUCAGGCUGACUUCAUGAACCUCAAACGUAUUCUGCGUUAUUUGAAGGAACGCUUUCUCUUGGGAUCAACCAUUGUGGUAACACCGAUCUUACUCUUCGAGCAUAUAGCGACAGCGACUGGGCAGGCUGCAAAGACACUAGACGUUCAACCGGUGGUUUUUGUACCUUCCUUGGUCGUAAUAUCAUCUCCUGGUCCGCCAAGAGACAUCCGACUGUAUCUCGCUCAUCUACUGAAACGGAGUAUCGUACUAUGUCAUAUGCUGCUGAAGAGCUGA